AUGGCCGGGAUGCUGUCGCUGCUGGGCCCGAUGGGCAGAGCGGGCGCCCGGGUCCGGCCUCGCGCCGUCUGGCUCCUGAGCGCCGCCUCGCCCUCCGCCCCGCCGCUCUUGACCCUGCCCCUGCUCCGGUCUGGGCCCGACACCCGGCUGCUGCGCGCGGCCCACGGGGACGGCCUCGGCCGCCAGGACCCCGGCAAACUCACGCAGGCGGCAGCCAGUGACAAGGUCAGCGGCGGCACAGAGAACAAAAAUCUAAGCAAGUCCCAGCAGCUGAAGAAGAUUUUCCAGGAAUACGGGGCCGUGGGCGUGUCCCUGCACAUCACCGUCUCCUUGGUCUCCCUGGGCUGCUUUUACGCGGUCGUCUCAAGUGGCGUGGACAUGUCCGCCCUCCUGCUCAAGCUCGGGUUUCAGGAGUCGCUGCUGCAGUCGAGGAUGGCAGCGGGCACCAGCACCUUCGUGGUGGCCUACGCGAUUCACAAGCUGUUCGCGCCCGUGAGGAUUAGCAUCACCCUGAUUUCCGUGCCCCUGAUCGUCAGAUAUUUGCGCAGAGUGGGCCUUUUCAAACCACCGCCUACAAAGCCCUGA